AUGUUUGUGUCCUCAGCUUGUGAGCACGUUAGAAGGACCGGAGGUACCAAACUUUACCAGUGGGACCUUGAGCUUCCCGGGUCGUCACUUUUGACCUUCAGAGCCAAGGCCAGCAACGAUGUUUUCAUCGCCUUGUCGUCAGAACAGUCCGCUCGUGGCGACUUGUACGAGAUCCUCAUCGGUGGUUGGUCCAACACACAGUCUGUCAUUCGCCGUUCAGCUGACGGUGACCCCAAAGAAACUGCCGCUACACCAGGCAUUUUGUCUGCUGAUGAGUUGCGAGGCUUCUGGAUCUCCUGGGCCCCGGAUGGAACCAUAGCCGUGGGACGGGAGGGAGAAGGCAGCCCGUUCAUGCAAUGGCAGGACCCAGACCCGCUCCCCUUCCAGUACUUUGCCUACACAGUUUAUGGCAGCGCUGGACUGUUUAGGCGACCACAGUGA